AUGGGUUUCGACUGUGGCUUCGACAUUUACCCACGCCUGGAAGCGACUGCCGUAAAUAAAGAGACCUACCGACGAUUUCUUGACGAAAUCAUACGCACAUAUGGAGACGUCUACGACAAGGAAGGAAGACGGGCGGAUGGUAAAGUUCUAGAUAUGCCGACAGAUUCCGACCACUGCGACAAAGUUUACGUUUGGUUCAUGGUCGGCGAGUGUCCGCACAUGCCAAGCAACCCCGACCGAUGCGACUACUUCCUCCGAUUUAGCUCAAAGAUUAGCGGGCGUCUGACAACCCCUGCUGAACCGUAUAUCAGAAGCGUGCACAAGAUUGCGAGGAAGUACUUUGGCAGCAGAGUCCAUUUCUGGCAUGAGAUGAAUGAAACCGGUGAUGAGCGGCAAUGGGGCUAUUAUGAUUGGCGGGAAGUACACGAUGCGAGUAAAAAGCUUAGAGUGCUGGAAACAGGACGAGAAUUGGACCUAACAAAUCGCGCCUGGGAGGAGCGAGGAGAGACGAAGUCGACGCCCCUAGACACUACAGCGACUGGCCUCGAGCAACCAUGCGCCGCGAACCCACCCCAAGCCUCAAACUUAGUGCAAGACUACGGUUCCUCGGGAUCUGCUCUCGACCAACUCCGAAUCGAUGUGGAGGGAAAUGUAUACGCCAUCAGAUCCGAUCCCCGCCCAUUCCUUGGUAUUGCCAGGACGAACGUUCUACCCCUCGGUUCCGAAGCCCGUGAAGGCGGCCUUUUCCUCGGGGCAUCUCGCAUCAAUCACUCUUGCCGGCAUAAUGCGCAAAAUACAUGGAAUGCAAACAUCGGACGUCUCACCAUCCACGCGCUCUCUGAUAUCGAAGAAGGGCAGGAAAUUACCAUCUCAUACCUGAGCCGCAGGAUGGAACAUGCAGAGCGUCAAAGGUUCUUGAAGGAAAAGUUCUAUUUCGACUGCAGGUGCGAUCUCUGCAUGCUCCCGCUAGCCCAGCGUGAGGAGAGUGAUCUCAGGCUGAGAAAGAUCCAAUCCAUCGACGACGCUCUUGGCGAUUUGGACGAGACUACCUCCGAUUACGACGCGGGACUUCAUCUCGUGCGUACUAUGCUUCGGUUGCUUGAAGAGGAAGGCGUCUGGGAUGCGGGUGUCCCGAGGGCGUACUACGAUGCAUUUCAAAUCGCAAUCGCGAACGGGGAUGAGGCGAGAGCGAAGAUCUUCGCUGAGAGAUCAUAUGCCGCCAGGGUCAUUAUUGAGGGCAAGGACAGCCCGGAGUCGGCGAGACUAAAGCUGUUGGCCGACCGACCUGCCCAGCAUUGGCUCUACGAAACCUGUCUAGAUUCCCCACAAGGGAUCAGUCCCCCUCCUCAAGAAACGGAUGGGAUGGAGUUCGACGACUGGAUUUGGAGAGAGAACGAGUGGUCGAAGCAACCGGCCACCUCGAGUGUCAAUGAUCCCUGGGACGUUUUCGGCGAAGAUCUAUAG